GAUCAGAAACCCGACCCCGAGUCAGUCUCUGUUCACAUUUGUUCCCUUGCAGACAAAUUUGUGGAUACGGUGUGUGUGUUUAACGGUUCGUUGCUGCUUAAAGUAGUUUCUAGUGAAAUCUUCCAGUUUUAAUAAGCACAAAGACAAACAAUCAAAAAUGAGAGAGUGCAUUUCGGUUCACAUCGGCCAGGCUGGAGUUCAGAUUGGAAAUGCCUGCUGGGAAUUGUACUGCCUCGAGCAUGGAAUCCAACCGGAUGGCCAGAUGCCCUCGGACAAAACCAUCGGAGGCGGCGACGAUUCGUUUAAUACGUUUUUCAGCGAAACCGGGGCCGGAAAGCACGUUCCUCGGGCCGUUUUCGUUGAUCUCGAACCAACGGUUGUGGAUGAAGUCCGCACCGGAACCUACCGGCAGCUGUUUCAUCCCGAGCAGCUUAUCACCGGGAAGGAGGACGCCGCCAACAACUACGCGAGAGGCCAUUACACCAUAGGGAAGGAAAUCGUCGAUAUCGUGCUGGAUCGCAUCCGUAAGCUGGCUGACCAAUGCACCGGGCUGCAGGGAUUUCUGGUUUUCCACUCGUUCGGUGGCGGUACAGGAAGUGGUUUCACCUCGCUGCUCAUGGAACGCUUAUCGGUGGACUUUGGAAAAAAAUCUAAAUUAGAAUUCUCUAUUUAUCCGGCUCCUCAGGUCUCGACUGCCGUCGUAGAGCCGUACAACUCCAUUCUGACCACUCAUACAACCUUGGAGCAUUCCGACUGUGCGUUUAUGGUCGACAAUGAGGCCAUUUACGACAUUUGUCGCCGCAAUUUGGACAUCGAGCGACCCACUUACACUAAUCUGAACCGUUUGAUAGGACAAAUCGUAUCGUCCAUCACGGCGUCGCUUCGUUUCGAUGGAGCGUUGAAUGUAGAUCUUACCGAGUUCCAAACAAACCUUGUACCUUAUCCUCGAAUUCACUUUCCGUUGGCUACGUACGCACCGGUGAUUUCCGCUGAAAAAGCCUAUCACGAACAGCUGACAGUUGCGGAAAUCACCAACGCCUGCUUCGAGCCCGCUAAUCAGAUGGUGAAAUGCGACCCACGGCAUGGAAAGUAUAUGGCCUGUUGUAUGCUUUACCGGGGGGAUGUCGUACCGAAGGAUGUUAAUGCUGCCAUAGCUACGAUCAAAACGAAGCGGUCCAUUCAGUUUGUCGAUUGGUGUCCGACGGGAUUUAAGGUGGGCAUCAAUUAUCAACCGCCGACCGUUGUUCCGGGUGGUGAUUUGGCGAAGGUCCAACGGGCGGUCUGCAUGCUGUCGAAUACGACAGCCAUUGCCGAAGCUUGGGCCAGGUUGGAUCAUAAGUUUGAUCUGAUGUACGCGAAGAGAGCUUUUGUCCAUUGGUACGUGGGAGAAGGCAUGGAAGAAGGAGAAUUCUCCGAGGCUCGUGAGGAUUUAGCUGCUCUGGAAAAAGAUUAUGAAGAAGUCGGCGUGGAUUCCACUGAAGAAGUGGGAGAGGGUGACGAAUACUAACUGGUUUACUAUCAUCACACGAACACACAUAAUGCACAAACAACUCUAGCGGAUCGCACAGCCAUAGCGGUCAAUAGCAAUCAAUUCGCAUAAAAAAUGCACCGUUUGAAGAGUCAAA